CAGGUAAAAUGUAAUCCAGGCCCAUAGAGGAAGUCGCGAGCAAUGUGUCAUGAAAACACGACGACUGACACGAAAUUGGGGGUGAUGUAGGGCGCUAACGGACUCAAUUACGGGAUGAUCGUGUAAUAACAACACCUGUUCUUAAUCGACCUCCAACCAGACGCCGUAUAACGAGGAUACGGGCAUAAAUUCAUUCAGAGAACAAAGUGAACAGCACCAAACUGUCAACGCGACUGGAUUCGUCUCCACUGCAUGUGAAAUUCUCGAUGAUUGCAGACUAAUUAUUGAUGUGGAAAUGAGGAAGGGCUUCCACUAAGCACCAGUACAUUCAGGCCAUGGAGUAUGGGGCCAUGUGAUCCUCUCAGUGAGAGACGAGGUAUCAACUUACAACAGAACGCUGGGAUGAGAUGUUUUGAGGAAGAGAGCGACCUGUGGCCGAUUCUGAGGACGGCGGUUUAAUUUCAAGUUUUCGUGUAUUCUGGAUAUUAUACUGGAUUAUUUAACUUCAGGAAUUCGUCGGUAACCUUCUAAAUGUUGCACAGAUCGAAUUAUUUUCGCUGGGAAAGUUUUAUGUGCAAAUUCUGCUCAUGAAGGUGACAGUUUGUUUUGAAGAAGUGCGGGUGAUCGUACCGUGUGGCGAUGGCGAGAUCUUGGUUCGAGAACUCAUUGAUAAAGCUAUUACCAGAUAUAAAAAGGCAACGGGAAAGAGCAACAACCACUGGGUGUCAGUCCACAAUGUCAAGGCCAUCAGUGGAGGAGGUAUCCUUGACCCCGAUGACCAGCUGAAUGAUGUGGUGGACGACAGGGAGCAGUUGAUAGCCGACUUUGAGGAACAAGGACGCCCUGGACUGCACCACAAUGGUGGUGAUGGCGCCUCUGCCUCCUCCACUGGGACCGCCAGUCCUGAUAUCUUCCAGACAGGGGACCUUUCCAACGCCAUACACAGACCGUUUCCUAUCUCACUACAGAAUGGCAAGACAGAUGUGAUCGUAACACCCAGGGAUUUAUCUCUAGGUACAUCCUUGACAGUACGGCGGGGCAGUGAACCAGCUCUCAACCUACUGACCGAUGAUGGCCCACUUGAAAACGGAGACACAAAUAUCAUCCCUGGUCGUGGAAGGAAGGAAUCCCACCAGGAGAGUGAUGAACCUAGAUCCGAGUCCGAGUCAGACGAUGAACGGGUCAUUUCACGGCCAAAGGAUCCCAAUGAGAAGAGUCCACUGUCACGGUUUCAGCGUGACUCCAAGCGUCAGUCUCUCAGCAACAACCCCGACAUGUACAGAUGGCUGGAAGCCCACGACAACCAACAGGACCGUCUCAAACAGCAGGUGGUUGUGGAGAGGAAAGGCCCGAUAGGGGGCAGUGGUACUGAAGCUGAUGUCAAACCUCCGCACAAAGACAGUGAUGGUGCUAUUAUUAUUGUGCUGAAGAAUGACGGGGGACCUCUCGGAAUACACGUCAUCCCUGACAUCGAUGAUGAUGGAAGAGAGCUGGGGCUGGUUCUACAGGGUAUAGAGAAGGGAGGUCGUAUCGAGAGAGAUGGGAGACUACGGGUGAAUGACAGAAUUAUUGAGAUCAAUGGCAGAAACCUGGAAGGGGUCACCUUCGACGAUGCCCAAAAAAUAUUUCGUGACGCUAUGAGAACAGCAGAAGUAAGACUGAAGGUUGUAAAACACCGACCCCUACUGCCAAAACAACCCCCACCCCUUAUGCCAAAACCCAAAGGUCAUGCACCAGUGAAACCUUCACCUUUGACCCUUCCCCCACCCAAGGGAGAUAACUCUCUUCCGUCAAGUCCAGAAAAGACAAGUUCUCCCUUGGAGGUGGGAAAGCCUUUGAUAAAUAAUAACAAUGUAAAUGAGAAGAAUGUGAACCUCGGUAUAGUGAACAAUAAUCAAGGCAAUAAGAUGCCGGGAUCCCCUCUUCCGCCACGUGACAAACUGCCAAUCCAACCCGGUCCGCCGCUGAAGGUGGCGUCACCCACGAAGAAAACACCACCAGCUGUGCCUCAACGCCAUCCAUCCACGACUUUGUCAGCACCAAAGGAACAAGCAAUCAACACUCUCACAAAUACUCGCAAAAUCGGAAGAAAAAUCCAGAUUCAAUUGCAGAAAGGUGCUCUAGGGCUUGGGUUCAGCAUCACGUCUCGAGACAACCCCACGGGAGAGAGUCCCAUCUACAUCAAGAACAUCCUCGUCAAAGGUGCUGCGGUACAGGAUGGAAGACUCAAACCUGGGGACAGGUUGUUGGAGGUGAACGGAAUGGAGAUGACAGGCAAGUCUCAGAGUGAGGCUGUGGGUCAGCUGCGUAGUAUCCCAGAAGGCCAUGUGUGCAAUCUGGUUGUGUCCAGACAGGAAGUUGUGGACGAGCUGUUUCGGAUGCCUCGAGAGCUGAGCGAUGAAAACACACCACCCCCUGUCUUGCAGCCCGGGGAAGUUUCGGGGGAGGAGGCCACCGUCACUAACAUCAGAAACAAGGAAGUGAUCAAAUUCGAAAUCCCGCUCAACGACACUGGGUCAGCUGGGCUUGGAGUCAGCGUCAAAGGAAAGACGACAUCAACAGCAGAAGGGACCAAAGAUUUAGGGAUUUUCAUUAAAUCUGUCAUGCAUGGUGGUGCCGCGUCCAAGGAUGGUCGUCUGUUCGUCAAUGACCAGCUUCUAGAGGUUCACGGCAUCCCACUGACAAACAUGUCCAAUGUCAAGGCCAUGGAUCAGCUUCGACGUGCCAUGCAAGUUGACGGACCCAUGUGUGGAUUCAUUUUGUUGACAGUUGCUAGGAAAAUAGGUGCUCCUUCCCCGUUUCUAUCGAGUGAAAAUUCACUGGACACAACAGAUGGAAGUCAAUUUGAAGUGCUUAAUCAUGGGGUGACCAUAUACGGGGAGAAGAAUCAUAGUCGCUCCUCUAGUGGGGACAAUACCCUCUUUUUAAGGGGAGAGAAUUCUGGUCAAACAAGGGGAGAUAAUUCUGCCAGAACAAGGGCUGAUGUCAGUGGGAAUGGACAGCCAAAUGGUGUAAGUAGGACUAUGCCUUCUAGUUUGGCUGUGGAUAGACUGAUGACUGGCGAUGGUGGAAAUGGGUUACGCAACGAGUCCUACAACCGAGCAACACAUGAAAGUUUCGAGAUGACGCCUGAGAGUUCCCCAACUAAGCCGUCACAGCUGGGUAAAGUGGCUGGACCGAUGCGGGAUGAUGUCAUUAUUGAGAAUGAUAUGUAUGCCAUACCAAGAAAGCGUCAGCCACCUCCACGGCCCCAUUCCACACUGGGGAUCCCCCACAUCUCCCCCGCCCACUCGCGCAGCUCCAGCAUGGAGGACUACAACGACGACCAGCAUCACCGCCAACAGCAACACCAACGUGGGUCAGCCAGCGACUGGAGCAGCAAGCUGCAGGAACAUGAUGAACUGAGCCCCACAGGAGACUUUGAGUUCCAACGGGAAGGAUUUGGGCGCCAGAGUAUGUCGGAGAAACGGAAAGGUCACAUUGACCCUCGUGGUAGCGGUUCUAUCAGCGAGUCAAGGAAACAAGAGAUACCAAAGAGAAAUUUCAGGCUCGGAGAGUUCAGUCUUUUCAUGUGUCAGGUCAACACAAUCGCCCCCUUUCCUCAAGCCCAGACUCGGCAGUCAAACCUCAAACGUUCGUCCUCUUUCGAAGACCUGGCCUCUGAUAACGUCCCACAGAUGGAGGUAGAGGAGAUACCAGCAUGGCGGUUUGCUCGCAUUGGUCGCCCCCGUGCCUGCAACGAUAGUUUCCGGGCUGCAGUUGAUCGGUCCUACGAUGCCCCAACGCCGGAUCAUAACGUUAUGGAUACUUUGGAGGAAGAGAGCAUGGAGAGCGGUUCCCUUAAUCAGACACAAUCAAACUCGGCCAGGUCUUCCUUCAGUAGCGAGAACACCAACGAAGACUUCCACAGUCUCAGGAAAAAGAAGCACAAAGACAAGAAAGGCGGGGGUAUCCUCAAGGGGCUUAUCAGGCUGAGUAAAGGACGCAAAUCAAACGAGGAGAAUGUUCGGAGGUCAAGAUCAGCGGAACGACCUUCUGACAGCGAUGUCCGAGCCCGACAGCUGGAGCAAGAGAGGCUUGUGCUGGCACAACAAGAACAGGACAGGCCAAAAGAACGUCAGCAGAUGGAGAUACUUGAGCAACAAAAACAACAGCAGCUGGAACAACAAAAACAGCAGCAACUGAAACAACAGCUGAAACAACAGCAGCUGAUAGACCAGCAGCAAAAGCUGAUGCAGGAGAACCGACCAAUGUUUUAUGACCCUCAGUAUAUUCAGGAGGGGUUUUCCCAACCCGCAGAUCGGGGAAUGGGCAGAGCAGAUCAGCGAGGGGGACAGAGUAGGGCAGAGAAAAUACAACAGCUUAGGGUCCAUCAUCAGCAACAACACCGGGAUCGUCAUGGGCAGUACCCACACGAGGACGCAGAAGAGUUCUAUGAGAGACAGAUUCAAGAAGAAGAAAGAAAGAGGAUAAUGGAAAGAGAGAGGGAGCUUGCCGGACGACUGAGGCCACCGAGUCGGACAGAGAUGGAGAGAGUUGCGCAUGUUCGAAUGGGAUCCCACGACAGUGCCUCCAACUUCCAUCAGUAUCCCAGCGUCAGUGACACCAGCAGCUACUCCGAUCAGAGUCAGCACUCACACUUCUCACACAACAACUACCCCCACCAGAGGGACCGUCCGCAGUCUCGGGGGGUGGGGCAGUAUCCUGACCCCCCUCACCCCGAUCGGCCCUCAUCACGUGGACCUCAACAGUAUGCAGAUGAGUGGUACCAAACGCAGCCAGACUUUACCAAUGUCAACAGACAGACAGCCUUCACAAGACUUAAUCCGAAAAACGGGGCCCAAUUUUAUGGAGACCCUGCCAGAGCAUAUAGAGACCCCAAAUAUCCCGCCAUAGCGGGUCGAAGGCCAGUACAGACAAUAACAGACCCAAGUUCGGCAAAAGUGUGAUCUUUGAUCAAAGUGUUUUCUGGGAUGAAAGUCAAUUCAUGAUUCCAUAGUGUUAGAUUUUUUCCUAGAUCUUACCUCAUAAUGGAGUUAAAAGUGAAAAGGCACCACUGAGUUGAGAUAUGCGUCCAUCUGGCUGUGUCUGGACACACAGGAUGUGUCAUCUGUAGUUUUCUUGACAGGAUGUGUCAUCUGGAUUUUUCUUGACAGGAUGUGUCCAACUGGAGUCCUCUUGACAGAUGGUAUGUGUCCAUCUGGGUGUGUCUUGACAGACAGGAGGUGUCAAUCGGAUAUGUCUUCACAGGAUGUGUCCAUCUAGGUGUGUCUUGACGGGAUGUGUCCAUCUGGAUGUGUCUUGACAGUAUGUGUCCAUCUGGAUGUGUCUUGACAGGAUGUGACCAUCUGGGUGUGUCUUGACAUACAGGAUGUGUCCAUCUGGAUGUGUCUUGACAGGAUUUGUCCAUCUGGGUGUGUCUUGACAGACAGGAUGUGUCCAUCUGGAUUUGUCUUGACAGUAUGUGUCCAUCUGGAUUUGACUUAACAGACAGUAUGUGUCCAUCUACAUAUUGUUUCUCCUUACCAGUGUCAACAUGCAUUUAGUAAGGAUACACACACACAUUACCAUGAACUCUAUAUAAUCAAAAAGGAUGUGACUUUGGGUGAAUGGGAAUCACUGUUGAAAGUUAUCAUGACGCAUUGUGUGUUUGAUUAACAAUGAUAAUCUUAACCCUUCCUCAUAGGAAGCACUUGUAAGACAUUAUUCCAGCAAGUAUAUAUUUUAUAUUUGCAAUAUUCACUGAAUAUUUCACAUAGUAUUCAAUUCUAUAUGAAAUUUAUUCAUUUAUUUUUAGUGGUGGGAAGUUUUUUACAUCAUUCAUCUCCCUUUGAUAAUAUUUGUAAUUGAAAUGGAAAGAAUUGAUAGUUUCAGUUAUUGAUGGACUGAUAGUUUACAAGUUAUGUUGAUGGCUGUAACUGAACAAAAGAAUUCCAGCAUUUAUAAACUAUAGGAUUGGGACAUGUAUUUCUCGAUGUGAGCUCAGGCUUCACAACUAAAGAAUAGCCCUUAAAAUAUGUCAUGAUCCCUAACUUGUUGUGUUCAGGAUAGUUAUGGUAUUAGUCAAAAAGGCUAUGUCAUUUAAUUGAAUAAGGUAUGAGAAACAUUCAUAAAAAUGAUUUAGAUCAUUAAGGACUAUAGAAUCAUUACAUGAAUCCAUUGAGUUAUUGUCAAUCAAGACGAUAAUGACAUGCAGACAUUGCUCAGAAAGGUUUCUGUUUUCCAAAUCAGACACAGAUAUGUUAUUUAUUGAAAACGCUCAAAUCAACAAAACCUCGGCUCAUAAUAAAUACUGGUGAACUAACUCGAAGUGAAGCGCGCAGACACUUCCAUCAGCUAGAUUCAAAUAUUCUUGUUUAUUGACAGGAGAAUGGUAUUCAGUUUUGAAGCUAUUUCGUUUCAUGUGGUAAUCUUGUAGAAAAUCCACAUGAAUCAAUUAUCAGAUUUCAAGCCAACAUUUGAAAAAUCAGUCAGAAAUGAUAUUGGCUGCCAUUAUAUAAAAAUAUUGACUGGAUAAUUGAGAACAAACUGAACCGUCAUGGAGAGGAUCACUAAACAUUAUUACAUAGUGGACAAAGGUUACUGAAGAACAUAAUGCUAUAAUUGGAAGGGCCGUGAAAACCCAUGGCCAUUUUAGAAUGUAUAUUUACUGUUGGGUUUUCGUCAUAGUACUAGAUUUACAGAUAUCCCAGGUCUAAGUUGCUACAUUUGCUGUGCAGAGUUGCUUCCCUGUGGUAUGCCAGGAAUCUGUGAUCAUGGGUUUGAAUCUCUCUCUGAUUACGUUUCUACGUUGUCAGUACCAUACCCAUGCUCCUGGAUUUCACCAAACUGGUAAAUGUCUGAUAUCCCCCAUCACUUCAGACUUUCCUUCCACAUUGAGAUACAAAUGAUAUAAAUGGUACAUUUCCAAGUGGUGUUAAACCCAACUCACUAACUCAUUAUGGUAUAUUUCUGGAAAACAAUUCUGGGUUUUGCUUGUCCAUGGUCACCUAAGGUUUCAUGAUACAGUUACAACAGAAUUCUUUGUUGGUUUGUAUGUCAUGUAAUCUGGGUUUCAGAAGUAUGGGGCAGCCUACUUGUUAAAGCGUUCUCUCGUCACGCCGAUGACCCGGGUUCAAUUCCCCUCUUAUGUGAAACCCAUUUCUGGUGUCCCCUGACCUGAUAUUGCUGAGAUAUUGCUAAAAGCAGUGUAAACUCACUCACUCACUUUCAGGAGUAUUGUCAGAUUGGCUCAGCUGCAGUUUACCAAACUUUGAGUUAGAUUACCAGUACUGUUUCAAGUGUUGUGAAGAAUAAAAAAACAUGUUAUCGUUUUGUUUCAAUAUUUACAAUUCAGCACCACUGCAUAUUUUUUCAAUCAUUAUUCUUAUGAUCAUAUUUUAUUCAUAAAGUUCAUACUUAAUCCAUUUAUCAGCAUAAGUUGACCACUUCCCUCAUAAGAAUCGGGUAAUGUGUUUUUGAAUGACAAUCUAUUUGGACCAGUAGUUGACCACAUGCUACUUUACAGAUGCUUCAGAAAUUGGUCUGCUCAGUUAGAACACAUUUCUGCGUAAUGGGGUAUGAAACAUCAUCACUUAUAAGGUGAGCCUUGGUUUCUAGAAUGUAGGUUACAUAGGCUACAAGACCACUAGACCAUUGUUAGACCAUUGUUAGACCAUAGUGAUCAUACAGAUUUUGACAGGAUGAUAAAGUUACGUCUUCAUGAUCUAAGGUGUUUCACCUUCAGUGUCAAAUCAAUGCCCUUCACCUAAUGACCUUAGCGUUUAUGCAGAGGUUGUCCGAAUGUUUAAAGUUCAUCUUAAUGACCUCUGGAGUUUCACCUUCAGUGUCAAAUCAUUGACCUUGACCUAAUGACCUUAGCAUUUAUGAAGAGUUUGUCUGGAUGAUAAAAGUUCGUCUUAACGACCCAUGGAGUUUCACCUUCAGUGUCAAAUCACUGACCUUGACCUCAUGACCUUCAAUGUGACCACAGGAAGAUAGAUAGAACUAAACAAUUUAAGUCAUCCAGUAUUAUCCAGUUUAUAAUACCUUUGUCCAUUACACCACCAUAGCAUCAUAUUCCCUAUUUCCAUCGCUUUUAUCUCUGAGCACAAAAUAUAGGUCCAAGCUAUGAUGGUGAAUGGGUGCAUUGUAUUUAUGAUGAUAGAAUAGAGAUAAAAUACCCUGGAUUGAGAAACUCAUCGACUGAAUACAUUGAGGAUAUUGUCAUGCUGCUUGCUCUGACGGAUGCAAAGAAAAGCGAGAUAUAUUUCUGGCUUCUCUCCGUCCAUUACUGAACUUUCCAUGCAACAUUUUACAGAAACAUCGGACACAGGUGGUUGUGAAACUUAUGCAAAAAUAUUGUCAUUAAUUUAUUAAGUUAUUUCAUCUGGGAGUAGCUUUAAUAUCUUUUUACAUCCCUCAUAAGGUGUUGUACGUCGGAAGUUCUGCUUGUAUGCAAAUGUGAUAUGUUGUACAUGGGGUACUGACAUUUUUUAAAAUCCUUUUUUGAUUUUCUCCCCCUGUGCAUUUACAAGAACUAAUUAAUGAGUCAUAAGGCCGUAGUAAAAUGUAUGUUGUUCCUCAUCAUUGAAUGAACUGAAAAUUCUUGUGACUUUAAAUGUUUAGUUUUUUGUAUCAUUGUAGUCACACAUAUUUUAUGCCUCAAUAUUUUUGUGUUUUCCUCAAGUUUGGUUGUGUAAAACAGAACAUAUUUAGAUUAUUUAAACAAAACAAAAAUUCAAAUGAUGAAAAACAACAUAUAUUUUAUGUGGCCUUUCAAGUAUUUCUGACAAUGAAGGAGAAAUACUUGUAAGUGUUGUUGCAUUUUGCUCAGCUGUUGAAGUGUUUUUGCUCAUUAUAUAUUGUUGCCUUCGAAGCUAUCAAUUUUCAUGUGUCAUCGGACUGAGUUUUUGAAUACCUCAUUAAGAAAUGAAUUCAUUGUAAAAUUGUAAAAAGCUCUACUUGCGAAAACAUUUUUUUCCAAAAAUUAAAUGUUUUAACAUAGCAAUGAAAUUGGUCAUAUUUUGCCUGGAAAUUGAUUGGUUGGAAAUGAGAAUAGUGAGAGUUCCAAUAUUGGAUCAUAUUAUAAAUUAUCUAUUCAUCAAAUAGAUGAUAUAUUAUCUAGUAAUAAUCAGUAACCAGUAUUCUAAUGUCAUCUGUAACAUAAUACUUUCUGUUAAUAUUCAGGAAGUAACAAUUUCACUGAACAUGUGAUUACAUUUGAAAGAGAAUUUAUCACCUGUCAAUUAUUUGUUGUACAUUUCACAAUGUAACGUAUGUCAAUACAUUGAUACUGAAUUGAGGAUGCAAUGCAGGUUCCGUUUCUUGAUCGUUUUUUGUGACAGAUCUCGAAACUCAUCAUAAUAUUCUUCAAAUUAAUUGUUUCAAUUUGCUAAAAAUAGCUGACAAGUAAGUACCAUUAAUAAUGUUUUGAUUUCAAAAUGUCGGUGCAAAUUGGGCAUUCAAAAACCAGUUCUUCUGUUAUGGAAUCUCGUGUCUAUGUUGAGUCUUGGAGAGUUCAUGUUUCCAGAAGAAUGUUAGCGCCACUGUCACCACUGCUGCUAUGACUGCUGGACUGCUGGACUGCUGGACUGCUGGAGACAGUCUCAGUGUUGAGGGUACGACUAAAACUGCUUUGUAUGUCAUGUAGUUUGUCUGUACACUGUAACACUGUACCGGUCUCUUACUUUGUGUGCUCACAACACUACCCUGUAUUAUGCAGGGUGACACUGUACCUAUCUUACUCCAUCAUUGUAACGAGACUGUACAAUAAGAGUACAGCUUCUGUGUACAGAGUUCUUUGGCAUCAGUCUCUUACACAUAACUGUACCCUGUAUCAUACAGGGUGGCAUUGCACUGGUCUUUUAGUCAGUCCAUCUGUGUAGCUUGACUGUACACACAAACUGUACACUGUUUUGUACAGAGCUCCACGGCUUCAGCCUCUUGCUUUGUCCAUGUUUGUAGCUUGACUGUACCCAAAACUGUACCCUGUGUCCUACGGGGCUACACUGCACCGGUCAUUUAGUCAGUCCAUGUUUGUAGCUUGGCUGUUACUCUAAAACUGUACUGUAUAUCUGUAUGCAUGUAUGUAGCUUGACUGUACUCACUGUAAGUAGUGUACAUACAAAUAGUUGUAGGCUGUCCCUAUAUUCACACAGGAAAUUGUCAUAUUUUUAUUUUUGUACAGCAUAAACAUUUUACAAAAGGAUGAAAAUAAAUGAUAUACAGAAGACUGAA